CAGGGACAGUUCAGGACACGGGUAGUCUGUGCGCACACUAGGGGCAGUUCAGGGCUUCUAGGGACACUCACGGUAGGCGUCUUGCAGAUGCUCAGCAGCAGGCAGCUUCCAGGGGGGGGUAGGCGACUUGCAGACACUCAGCAGCAGGCGGCUUCCAGGGAGGCAGCUUCCAGGGACCCUCAGCAAUGGACAUCGGCCCUCACAGCGGCCAGCUUCUCCAGGGGCCCAGCGAUCAGCAGGCAGGGGCCCUCACAGCAGCCAGCUUCUCCAGGGGCCUAGCUAUCAACAGGCAGGGGCCCUCACAGUGGCCAGCUUCUCCAGGGGCCCAGUGA